AGAGCUCUGCUUCAACUUACUGACGCUAACUAAUUUUGAAAACACAGUUACAGAUCUUCCAAAUAUUUUAAUUGCCAUAUUUUUCAAAAAUUCGAUUAUCCUGUAAUAAUGGGUCGCGGUAAAAAAGUAUUACUGCAGAAAAAAAGUUCUGAAUCGUCGGACAAAAAGCGAAAGUUCAAAAGGAAGCAAACCUAUUCUACCUAUAUUUACAGGGUUUUGAGGCACAUCCACAAUGAUUGUAGGAUUUCGAAGCAAGCUAUGGCAGUAAUCAACAGUUUUAUGAACGAUAUGUUCGAAAGAAUUGCCUCAGAGGCUUCACGAUUGGUUCGUUAUAGAAAAAAGGCGACCUUGUCAUCUCGUGAAAUUCAAAUGGCAGUCCGUCUUCUUCUGCCUGGAGAAUUAUCAAGACAUGCUAUUUCAGAAGGUAACAAAGCAGUUGCAAAAUACAACAACGCUCAAGAAUAGGGUUCAAUCAUUUACAGUAUCAAGUUUUUAUAUCAAACAAUUUUUUGUAAAACACGGAACCAUUUUAACGGGAUUUAAAAU